AUGCGGUUGUUUCAAUUUUCGUCUGUUCUACUAGAGAUCAUUAUUUACUCCUAUUACAAGAACCUUACGCUCCAAAUUCCAAUCUUGGAAGCAAGAGGUUUUACUCGGUUAAGAAUCCCAAAAGAGUUCACAGAUCAACCUACUUUAUCACAUCAUGAACAGCAAACAAAUACAACAACAGAAGCAGCGUUUGUUACUGGAACUUCUACUGCUGCUUCAUCAACGACGGAGGAAACCUCCUCAACAGAGAUAGAAACGAUGGAAAUUUCUACUCCAUCUUCAUCUAGUACAUCUGCUGCUGCUCUAUCAACGACGAAGGAAUCCUCCUCAACAGAGAUAGGAACGAUGGAAAUUUCUACUCCAUCUUCAUCUAGUACAACCUCCCCAACUACUACAAUCUCAGAAACCACCAUAGAAAUAAUUAUACCAGAAAGAAUAACCUCAACGAGGAAGGUAUUUACAAGAACAUCGAGAACAACAAAAAGAAAAACUGACUUCAUUUCAACAAAGAGGACGAGAAGAACAAGACCGCCUAUGAUUUCCACCGGCACAAGAUUUUCAUCAUCACAUAAAUCAGACCAUCCAUUUGUUAGAACUCGAUCUACAACCACUAAAGAAACGGAGUUUCCUUUUGAGGAAAACGGAAAAGAAGAUCACAAGGAGGAUAAAACCACUUCAUUGACAACGACAGCCAUUGCUCUUGGAUUCCUCAUAGUGGUGCUGUGCGCAUUAGGUGUACUGUUUAUAUCCUGGCGUAAAUGGAAUACAAGUCCAGCUACAAAAAGUGAAAUGCCAACUACUGUAAUAACUAGUUUCGACAAAGGAAAACUUGAUUCAAAGGAAAACCCAACACUUGGUUUUUUGGAGGCAAUCAACGAUAAAAAGGAUAGCGCGGAGAGCAAGGCAGCAGGUUCUUUGGAUACGGAUACGGAGGCAAAAAAAACUCCGGAAAGUAAGCAGCGGGGCUCUGCGGAGACUGCUACCGAUAGCAAAGAAUCUGUGGAAAACAAGCGACGAGGUUCUGCAGAGACGUCCACAGACUCCAAAGGAUCUGACGAAAACAAGCGACGAGGUUCUGCAGAGACGUCCACAGACUCCAAAGGAUCUGACGAAAACAGGAGAAGAGGUUCUGCACAGACGGCCACGGAUUCCAAAGGAAUUGAGGAUUUCUUAAGACAAGGGUCAUCAGAGACACCUAUGGAGUCGAAAGCAGCUGCGGGGUACAGAAAAAGUAGCUCUUCGGAAGAAACACCUGAUUCUAGGGACUUUGUGAGACGUUACGCUCACGAGAAAAAGCAGUACGAUAUGGCGGCAUAUCCGAGGGAAAUAAAGGUUCCCCCGCAGAAUAUUAAGCGAAUUCCCACCGACGAGGAACGCUUGUAUCGGAGAGAUUUCUAUCCGAAAGAGCGAAAACCUCCGCCUCAAAAAGUUAAGGGCGGAAGAAGCAAACAAAGGAACGUGGUUGUAGCAAAGCCAAAGGCAAAAGUAAAGAUAAAAUCAGGCGGUGGAAUGAAAAUCCCACAAAAGAACGUUAGAAGAAAAUAUAAUGAAGGUGUUAAAGCUAAACGUACUCAUAAAAAGGAACGUCCCACGAAGGUUAAGAAGAAACCACCGAAGAAAUCAAAAAAUGAACAAUUUCUCGAAUUUUUAACACCGGUUCAACAAAAAGAUAUGGAUCAGCCAAUGAAAAAAUCUCCUUCACAGUACCAUUACGGAAAAUCUGAAAAAUCUCCAAGAUACUACAAUUUAGCUGAAUUGAACAGAGAUUCCUAA